GCGGAAACGGGCUCCUUUGGAAGAAAGCGCUGAGCGGCAGCGGCAGAGCGCGAGCGUUCUUUUUGCGGCCGCUCCUUCCGCCCUCGUCUCUAUGGCUCGCGUGCCUCGCGCGCUGCUGGUCUUCGGGGGCUUCGUGGCGCUGGUGGGGGCGGCCUUCUACCCGAUCUACUUCCGGCCCCUGAUGCACCUGGAGGAGUACAAAAAGGAGCAAGCAAUAAAUCGAGCUGGCAUUAUUCAAGAAGAUGUUCAGCCUCCAGGAUUAAAAGUGUGGUCUGAUCCAUUUGGAAGAAAGUAAAGCUCGCUCUGAUCAUGAUCUUGGGAACGAGUAUAUUUUCAUCCAUUCAGUCUGUUGUACUGCAGCUUCUUCUAGUAAAUUACAAUAAUACUGAAGAAGGACUUUGUAUGUUGGGUUGUUCUGUAUAACAUCAGUUUAUCUAGAGAGGAGUAGCUGCUUCUAAGGGUUAAAGGCACCUUGUGUCAGUGAUCCCAUAGUAACUAACAAAGCUGCACUUGAUGUUUCUGUUAAGCAAAUAGAAUAAUGGCCUUUUUCUUCAUUGGAGAGACUGGAGAGAAUUGCUUUGGUGAAUAUGGACAAGAUAUGACUAGAAUAGAUUAUGCAACUGAUAUUUCUGUAAAUGUGCACUGAAAAAUGAAGUAUUUGUAAAAUAAAAAACUUGUACGGAAAAUCCAAAAAGCAGUGCCUCUAUAUAGCUGUAAAUUGUAUUUUGAUUCAAACAGAAUUUGCAAUGUAUAUAAUAAUAUGAAUCUGCUUGUGGUGCAGAGAUGGGUUACUUGUAACAAUAACCUGUGUCUGUGUGUAUACAUACACUGUAGAGCAAGUCUUCAAGAAUGAAGGCUUUCCUGCUGUUAAUCAUCCACAUUAUUAUUCACUUCUUUUUUUUUGGGGGGGGGGUACUAAGUUUAAUUUUUAAUGGGGGGUAUUGAGUUUAAUUUUUAAUUAUCUACAUUGCCUGUAACAGAUGUGACAUAGAAACAGAAUGUACUAUUUCAUGUUCAAUCUCUGCAGAGUGAAUUUUGGUUAUGUGAGAAGCUGUGCCUGAAAUAACUUGAAUGUUUACAGUCACUGUUGGGGAGGAAAUAAAAAUUGAAUGCAUAGAUA